AUGAAUGUGACCUCUAUCACUGAAGAAUUCAACCAACGGAAUCAGCGGGUCGCUCAAGCGUGCCAGUCCCACUGGGCCAUCAACCUCGGCCACAAGUUCAGAACCUGGUCCAUCCUCUUCGACAAAAACCGGCGUGCCGUGUACUGCCACGCCCCCAAAGCCGGCUGCACGUUCUGGCUCCGGAUCUUCAGCUUCAUCAACCUCCACUCCCAGAUGAAAGAACUCGGCAUCCGGUCUCCGUUUGAAAUCGACCGCAUCAAAGUUCACAACGGGGAGCUGACGCCCCACGGCGGAGGCGCUAACUGGACCUCUUUUAAAAACGCGUUCCAUUCCUUCGCGAAGCGAUUCAUCUUCACCAGAGAUCCCUACGCCAGGUUAUGGAGCGUCUACCUGGAUAAAUACUACCUCCCGGAUUUCUGGAACCGUUACGAGCUCUCUCAAGACAUUUGCGUCACGAACAUCUCCUUCAGCGAUUUCCUGGCCCUGGCCAUGUCAUCCAACGAAGCGCACGUACGCACCAUCGCAUCAAUGUGCAACCCGUGCGAGUUCAACCCCCAUUUUAUCGGCAAAGUCGAAACUUUCACCCGCGAUGCGCGUCAUAUCCUUGAGGCCGUCUCGUACCGGAAAUUGAUAGACAACUACGAUUUCAUUAAUUACACGAUCACCGAACUCAAAUCGAUAUCAUCGAAUUACUAUUUCAUCUACGACAACGAAAAAUUAGAGAGAUGUUUAUCGAAGAAAGAUCUAGCUAGAAGAAUGUGGCUGGUGUUCCAACACAACGGGCAUAUCAAAACCAGCACGCCUUUUCCAGAGGGUUUGAGCGACUACACCAACACCACCAUGGAGUCUGUGUUGACCGAUCUCGUGCUCACAGACCCGAUCGGGAAAGACGAGUCACACGCACAGAGGAGAGCGUCACUGGUUCAGGCAUACAAUGGCGUAGAACCCCGGCUGAUCAGAGCCAUUCAAGAAAAGUUCAGGAUCGAUUUUGAAAUGUUUGAUUACGACAUACGACCCCCGGUUUAAGCACUGUUAGAUCUAUAUUUUUAAAACGUUUUUUUUUUUUAAAAUAAUAUGCAAUACGUGAAUGGGAUUUUUCUGUAUAUUACAGAAAUGUAGUUAUUUCCCCUUAUGGUAAAAAAAAAUACUAUUUAUUUUUAUGUGCAUGGUCUGUCGUUAUGAUAUUUUGAAGAGUUUAAUCAUGACAUACGACCCCCUGUUAAAGCAAUGUUAGAUCUUUAUUUUUAAAAGAAUAUUUAAAUAACUUGCAAUAUGUAAAUGAGACUUUUCUGUAUAUUACAGAUAUGCAGUUAUUUCCCCUGCUUGUUGAGAAAAUAUAUUUGUAUGUGCAUUUAGUUUUGUUAAGAGUUAAGUAUUUAAACUUUAUCCGGUGUCAUUAACUUAUUGAUUAUUUCUUUAUUGGGUUUCUUUAUACCA